CAGAAAUUGUGCGUUCAAGAUAGAAUGAUCAUAAAUAAACUUAUGUGACAACAAAACUGGAUAAAAGGGGACAAAGGGAACACGCUUCUUCGUUUCUUCCACUUGCGAUAAGGAUAUAUUUCUGUUUUUAAUCAAAGAAAUAACUAUGGCAUACGUACAUUGUAGUAAACAUACAUGACAGAAAUAGGUGAUUACCACUAGCUAGGAAAAUAACUAAUUUAAAGGGGUAAAAUGUGUUUGUUAUGGUGACCUCCACCGGAAAGGUUACAUUAUUUGUAGUGUUUAUGACCUCUGUAGCUCAAAGCAUGGACCUUAAUAAAACUAUGUGUACUGAGGAUUGUGCAGGUUAUAAUUUUCCUUCACCACUCUUUAAAAGGGAUGUCAUCAAUUUAGUGGAUGUUAGCAGCAGUGCAUUUAUACACAAUCAUUUAUUGUCAUUUCCAUGUCCACCAGCAUGGUGGCCAGGUUUCUGUACUGAUCUACAGACAUUCACUAGGAUAAACCUCUCCUGCCAGGAAAUAACUAUCAUACUACAAGUAUGUCUCAAACAAACUGAAGAAAAAUAUUAUUCUAAUUUAUUGUCGGAUUGUAAAACCAUUUUGCAUUGCAAAGAAUUCGAAAGGUUGUGUUCAUCUAAAAGGUAUAAGCAUCACUGUGUUGACGGUAUCACUUAUAGUGUACCAAAUUUUGUUGAUGUGAACGAAGAUAAUGCAAAAGACCACAUGAAUAAUACAACGGAAAUUACCAUGGGAAAUAGUGUAAUAGAGUCGGACACUGACUCAGGACUAUCGUACAUUGGACCAAGUAUUAACUGGCAUGUACUUUGGGCCUUGUUAGUUCUAGUCUACAUAUUGGUAUUUGUGCCUUGCUUUUUAAACUUUGUAAUAAAACGAUCUCUGAUAGACAAGUGUCGGAACAGAUGUCAGAGAGGUAGAAGUAAAACUGUGAAGACAAACUGUGAUGACGAUGAACCGUCAUUAAUACCUGUAGUACAUAAAGAGUUACACAGUCCAGUAGAUGCAGAGAACUCUCUAUUUAUUCCAUCCAGACCCGAUUCUAUGGCAUCUUCUAUAGGACAGGAAUUCGAUUUCCCUUACGCCGAUCAAAGUGCAGCUGUUUCAAUGUAUUCUCUUCUAUUGAUAGAUGACCAAGACACUGGAUAAGAUUACACAUAAAACAUUCAUACAAAAAAACAUUUGAGAUGCCCGUCAUGCCAAUUCAUAAUGUUUCUGUCAAUUUACUCUAAACCUGAAUAUACUCUAAACCUGGAUGUUUGAACUAUAAGAGUGGUACUUUGGCAACAUUUCCUCCAAAUGUGUUCAAAAUAUUUCUACAACACAAAUGCAUAUAACGCGGUCAUAUAUAUUUUUUUACAUGGAUAUUAUGUGGCCAGUUAUAUGAUGGAACUUUAAAGAUUAUCAUUUGGUCCAAUUGGUAUAAAUAUCCUGUUUAUAUAUUUCUAAUACUUAAUUUCACAUAGAUUAUGAUACGAUGGCCUCCAACUAAAUCCACUGCUUUGGUGGAUAGUUGUCUCAUUGGCAAUCAUACCACCUCCAUGUUUUAUAUACUGUCUACGUUCGUUUGAUCACAAAAAAAGAUGUAUAAAUAGAAAAAAAACACUUUUAAACAAUGCUAUUUGAGGCAAUUGUUCUAAGAUUAAAUAAUUUGUAUGACAAAAACGGACUUGAGGAAUAAAAGUAAAAUACCAUAUUCAACAGACAAAACAUAUAUAGUACACGAUGUUACUGCAGAAAAACAUCGCUCAAAAUACCAUAUAUGUACCAUCCUAUUACAGAAACAAUAUAGAACCAUAUAAUGAUACACAAACACAGCAGUAAAAUAAACCAUAGCAUAAUAUAUAUACAGCUAUAAAACAUCAGAUAGCAUAAUAUUAUACACAACUGUAAAACAAAGCAAACUAUAGCAUGAUAUAUACAGCUGUAAACCAUAACAUUAUAUAUAAAGCUGUAAACCAUAGCAUUAUAUAUACACCUAUAGACCAUGGCAUAAUAUAAAAACCUGUAAACCAUAGCAUAAUAUAAAACCUGUAAACCAUAGCAUAAUAUAAAUAGCUGUAAACCAUAGCAUAAUAGUUUUGAAUAUUUUUUUAAAUGAUAACAUUGUAAACAAAAGUUGAUUAUUAGAGAUUUUACUCAGGUUUAAAUUUGAAUUGCAUGAAAAGUGUUUAAUAUUAUAGUAUAUGCUCAAUGCCAAAUGUAUAUUUUAUUGAUGAUUGGGAGAUGGAAAUGGCGCUUUUAUUUAUAAUUGCUUAUAUUUUUCUUUGUUAUAUGUUGUAGUUAUUAUUGUAACUCAAUGUACAGUUACAUUAUUUAUUUUGAAUAUUUGAAAAGUGAGCACAAUAAAUUAGUUUUUUAAUUCUU